AUGGAGCAAGGUGAACGAUGGCGUUUAUUCUCUUGCAUGUUUCUUCAUUCCAGUGUUGUCCAUUUACUUUUCAAUACCUUUACCCUUCUACCCACCGGUAUCCAGCUCGAAGAGGAAUUCGGAUUUUUGAAGAUAGGAAUCUUAUAUGUACUUGCCGGCUUAGGCAGAAGUAUUUUAUCUUGUCUUCAUCAAGAUCCUACAAAAGACAUUGUUUCAAUUGGUGCAUCAGGUGCCCUUUUCGGAUUCAUGGGUUCGAUGCUGUCCAAGUUCAUCACAAAUUGGACAAGCUACUCGGAUAAGUGUUUUCAAUUGAUGAUGCUACUGGUAAUCAUUUGCCUGAAUUUGUUACUCGGAUUGAUAACUAGAGUGGACAAUAUGGCACAUUUGGGGGGAUUCAUCAGUGGAUUUUUUCUAGGAUUUGUUCUUCUAAUCCGUCCGCAACAUGGAUAUGUUGGCAGAAAAUAUGUUUUACCAGGAUAUGAAACAACUCGCCACAAAUCCAAGUACCAGUUCCAUCAACAGCUCUGUUGAAUUACAUCGUUUGUCAUCUUAAUCGCUGGGUAA